CGCAGGAAAUCUUGGCCCGAUUUACCUUCUUGGUGCAGCAAACGUGCGGCGCUGCCAACAUUUUCUUGCUCCGUAGAGUAAUUCGGCCCUAUUGUAGAGCACAUGCCCUAUGCCCGUAUCCCUGUACCAUGCCUGCACUUUUUGCUAGCUCGCCAUUCAACUAGGAGCAGAGCAGGAAAUGCAACACCGAAGUUUGUCUUUCAUGUUUAAUUUCGGUCUUCCGGCUUUGGUGCUUGCACAAACAGGACCAGCGCACUGAAGAGGACGAGCAAUGCAUCAGUCUGGAGUAGCCUGAGGAUAACAACUGCUCUAUGGCUGAAUUGCCCACGACAGAACCUGAAGAGGAGAAGUUGUAUGCGGGAAAUGCUGAAGCUGAUGUGGAGAUCUGUGGCGGUCUCGACGAACACUCACAGCAGCAGCACCCUGACUCGGUUCUCAUGGAGCUCGAGCGGGCGAAGUCAAAGCUGAACAGAACCACGAUUACUGGACUAGUCAGUCAACAUCUGUUUGAGUGGAAAGAACACAAUUCACAGCCCUUGGAAUGGAAGAAACGACUGAGCACUGCCCUUGAUGUUGCGAGAGGUGUUGAGUACCUGCACAGCCUUGCACCGUCAAUCAGUGGAAGUGUGUAUCAGUGGAGACAAGACUUAUAUUGAGGCGACGACCUCAGCAUCAUCCUCCUAGUGGAAGAGGACGAGGAGAGCGUACCUACACCGCCGUUGAUGUGGUGCUUCGGCGCUUCUCCUCCUCACGAUGUUGGAGUUGUAAUAGGGAGAGGAGAGGAUACUCUACAGUAAUGUAGUUGCUUAAUUCCAUUAAUUUGUUGCCUAAUAAUCCGGCGGAGUAUACAAUCUGCCCA